CGCUCCUGACUCACAUCAUGUUUUGGCACUUUUGGGAUUUUUACUAGACAACCAUCUUUUUCCAUCCAGAUGUUCAGCCAAUGAGAAGUCGUGCUGUCUCCAGUGAGGAAAGGAGGCGGAGGAAGGAAUGCAGCAGAAUGCUUAUUAUUAUGGCUGUCAAACCGGGUGGCGAUUAGAUAAAACAUCCUUUUUCAUGAGAGAUUUACCUAGAUGAUAUGCACCAUGUCCGCUGCAGCUGUUGCGGUAUGGCUUGGCACGGUGGUCACCAUCUUGUCGAGAUCGCAUGCAGACCGUAACGUCUACCCAUCUGCGGGAGUGCUGUUCGUCCAUGUUCUGGAGAGAGAGCACUUCAAAGGAGAGUUUCCCCCCUAUCCAAAGUCAGGUGAUGCCAGCAAUGACCCGAUCACUUUCAAUACCAACCUGAUGGGCUACCCUGACAGACCGGGCUGGCUGCGCUACAUCCAGAGGACUCCGCACAGCGACGGCGUGCUCUAUGGCUCCCCAACUGCAGAGCACGUCGGCAAGGCCACCGUCAUAGAGAUUACUGCCUAUAACAGACGUACUUUUGAGACGGCACGGCACAACUUGGUCAUAAACAUCAUGGGCACAGAAGAGUUCCCUCUGCCCUACCAGGCAGAAUUUUACAUAAAAAACAUGAAUGUGGAGGAGAUGCUGGCCAGUGAGGUGCUCGGGGACUUCCUGGGAGCAGUGAAGAACGUAUGGCAGCCUGAGCGCCUCAAUGCCAUCAACAUCACCUCGGCGCUGGACCGUGGCGGCCGGGUGCCCCUGCCCAUCAACAACCUCAAGGAAGGAGUGUAUGUGAUGGUUGGUGCUGAUGUUGCCUUCUCGUCGUGCCUGCGGGAGGUGGAAAGCCCACAUAACCAGCUGCGCUGCAGUCAGGAGAUGGAGCCUGUCAUCAGCUGUGACAAGAAGUUCCGAGCUCAGUUUCACAUUGAUUGGUGUAAGAUUUCUCUGGUUGACAUCAACAAAGUGGUCCCGAUAUACAUUACCCGUCCAGAACCAGGCACCGGGAUCCUACCUGAAUUUGGGGAAUACAACCCUCCGUCUGAGUCUCUGAAGGGCCGGGACUACUUUUCAGACUUCCUUAUCACACUGGCUGUUCCCUCCGCUGUGGCACUAGUCCUCUUCUUCAUCCUCGGUUACACUAUGUGCUGCAGACGGGAAGGGGUGGAAAAAAGAAACAUGCAAACACCAGACAUCCAGCUGGUUCACCACAGCUCCAUACAGAAGUCCAGCAAGGAGCUGCGGAGCAUGUCUAAGAACCGGGAGAUCUCCUGGCCCCUCUCCACCCUGCCUGUCUUCAACCCGGUCAGCGGCGAGGUGGUGCCGCCCAUCCACCCCGACAACUAUGAGACCACCAGUAUGCCCCUCAUGCAGACACAGACGAAUCUGCAAAACCAGAUUACGAUACCACAGCAACGACCAUCUGGUAAAUGGUAUUCCUGAGGAGAGAAAGGUGGCCGAAGCACUGAAUUUGUGACCAGAGACACCGAUGUUGGAGCCGACUUUGAUUCCAUAUCUAUAUCUUUGUUUUUGAAAUAACAUUUGUGCCAAUCUGCAUGCCUCAGAAGUGUCUUUACAAAGAUUUAUCGUCCAUAUGCACUUACACUUUGAAGAGUGUGUUAAAGGUUAACAAAAGAGCUUAGCUUACGAUACAAAUACAAUAGAAUAUUUUUUAAUAUUUGUGUAAAUGUUAAAUCUACAAUGUUUGUAUUUCUACUUGCUUUGCACAAUGGACUUCUUGGAAGAAAAAGGGAGUUUUACAUUAUGUUUUAGUUGUCAUGUGUUAUCAAUUAUAUGUAAUGGGUCACAUGAUACCAAUAAAUUCUUUUGAAAAGA